AUGGAUCUCAGUAGCUUGAGCAAGCUACAGACCGAAGGGGUCAACCCCCGCACAACCAAUAUUGAUCAAAUGUCGACAUUGGAAAUGUGUGCUGUGAUCAACGGAGAUGACCACCUGGUAGCGGAGAGCAUUAUACCAUGUCUACCAGUGAUUGCUGGCGCGAUCGAUGAUUUGGCGUCGCGUGUUCGCAAAGGGGGACGAGUGGUCUAUGUUGGGGCUGGUACAAGUGGAAGACUAGGGAUCUUGGAUGCUUCCGAAAUUCCUCCCACAUUUGCCGCUCCUCAAUCUCAAUUUAUUGGUCUAAUCGCUGGCGGAGAUGAAGCAAUUCGACAGGCUCAGGAAGGCGCCGAGGAUAAUGAACAGGCUGGACAUGAUGACUUGAACCGACUCAAUCUUAAUCCCGAGCUGGAUAGUGUUAUUGGUAUCGCCAGUUCAGGACGCACGCCAUAUGUUCUCGGGUGUCUUGCUUUUGCUAAGAAGCUGAAUUGUCUUACUAUCGGUGUCGUAUGCACAUCGCCAUCGGCCAUGGCUCGGCUCAAAGCUGGAACAGCCACAAAGAUGGUUUUGAAUAUGCUGAGCACGGGUACCAUGAUUAAGUCUGGGAAGACUUAUGGGAAUAUGAUGGUCGAUAUGGUGGCAUCGAAUCUGAAACUUGAGCAGCGAUCUCGCAAUAUGCUUCGACGGCUUAGUGGAAAAUGCAAUGCGAGGUCGGACUCUGAACUGGAUAGUCUUCUUUCUGAAUCAAACGGCAGUGUUAAACUUGCAAUCCUCGUUGCGGAGACCGGCGAAUCCGUUCAGACGUGUCAGCAGUCCUUAGAUUCAGCGGAGGGAAUCCUUUCAAAAGCCUUGGCUGGGAUAUCUCAACCUAAUCAGCCACAUAUACACGGCGAACGACAGUUCGUUCUGUGCAUUGAUGGGGGCGGCAGUAAAUGUGCUGCCGUUGUGGCAGAUAAAUCUGGAGUUAUGAGCUAUGGCUCUGCUGGACCAUGCAAUCUGACGGACAAUAUUGAAAAUAUUGACGGAAUACUGGCUACCUUGACACAAGCUACUCUAGAUGCACUCAGAAAGCAUUCUUCAUGUGCCAACGAGGGGAUAGUAUCCAAUGAGAGGAGUUAUCUGCAAUCAUGCUUCCAAUCAGUCUGGAUUGGUCUAGCCGGCAUGGAUCGAGCCGGUCUGCAUCAUAUCUUAGCACCAAGACUUGCCAAACUGUUCGGAUUGGAGGAAAAACAGAUGACAUUCAAAUUGACGAAUGAUGUGAACCUGCUGACUGCAUUGGGAUCGGCUGACGAAAGAAAGCCUUCAAUUCUUGUCUUAAUUGCAGGCACUGGCAGUGUGGCGAUACGAUACAAUUGGAGCGAUAACAAGAGCUACAAUUGUGUUGCCCGAGCUGGCGGUUGGGGCCAUUUAUUGGGAGAUGAAGGUGGCGGAUAUUCCAUCGGCCUUGAAGCAGUUCGACACACUCUAGAUAUUCUAGAGCAACGGAAGUUGGGUCUUGGACCCAAUAACUUGAGUGGAUUUGAUCAAGCUGUACUUGAUAAGCUGGGUUGCUCUUUCGGGAAUAAUGAUGACAUCGACCUUUUAAGCGAGAUUCUGUCGCAACGUGGCACGCAGAGUGCCAAGGCCCGUAUAGCUGGUCUAGCUGAGACUGUGUCCGAGCUGGAGGAUGAGAAAAUAGCUCAAGCAAUUAUUGACCAGCAGGGGUCCGCCAUUGUGAGUAAGACACUUGGUCGCCUUGUCGAUCCCAGGUCAAGUGGCUAUGUCGCGCCUGAGGAGACGGAGUUGGUAUUGGUUGGUGGUUUAUUUAAGAACAAGAUAUACCAGCAAAAGAUCCAACAGAUUCUUGCUCACAAAGGCUUGAAGUUUCGAGGAAUUCAGGUGGUCUACAACGUUGCCGGGAUGGUAGCGAAGUACAUGGUGUCCCAACGCAUUGACUAG